ACUUGUUGGCGAAGUUCUUAAGCAAAUAGAAAUUAGCAGACCACCUGAGCAGUCACUACAUAGUUCUUCCGCACUUUGAAUUAGGGCAGAUACUACCCCCAUCCAAAUAACAUUUAAUAACCAAAUAAGUUCAAAUUAUAAAACAUGUCUGCCAGUCCAAAACCAGUGAAAAAAGUUCCCAUUCAUUUACAGAGUGCUCAAAAUCGCGUUUAUAUUAAAAAUGGCCAAAUUGUUAAUCACGAUAAAUCCUUCCCAGCAGACGUUUACAUUGAGGAUGGCAUAAUUAAAUUUGUUGGUCCUGCCUCGGAAAUCAAUAUACCCGGUGGCGUGCGUGUGGUAGAUGCCAGUGGUAAAUUGAUUUUGCCCGGUGGUGUUGAUCCCCAUACACAUUUUCAAACGAAAUUCGAUGGCUUCGUAACGGUAGAUGAUUUUUAUAGUGGUACCAAGGCCGCCAUUGCCGGAGGCACCACUACGAUUAUCGACUUCGUUUUACCCGAAAAGGGUGAAUCUUUGGUUGAAGCUUACGAUAGAUAUCGUUCAAUGGCUGAUCCCAAAGUGUGUUGUGAUUUUGGUUUUCAUAUUGGCUUGACAUGGUGGUCCAAGUCUGUCUCCGAUGAAAUGAAAAUAAUGUGCGAAGAAUUGGGCAUCAAUUCAUUUAAAAUGUUUAUGGCUUAUAAGGGUAUUUGUCAGCUUAAUGAUUCGGAAAUGUUGGAUGCCUUAGAACGUAUUAGGGCAUUGGGUGCUUUGGCCCAGGUCCAUGCUGAAAAUGGUGAUAUUAUUGCUAAAAAUGUUAAGAAACUUUUGGCGGCCGGUAUAACUGGCCCAGAGGGUCAUGAAUUGUCGCGUCAGGAAGAAGUGGAAGCUGAGGCUGUUAAUCGUGCCUGUAUUUUAGCUCAUCAGAUGAAAGCUCCACUUUAUGUAACACGCAUUACUUCGAAAUCAUCGGCGGAAGUUUUGGGUCGUGCCCGGCGCAGUGGUUAUUGUGUCUUUGGCGAGACUUUAGCCAGCUCUUUGGGACGUUGCAUGCAUGGCGUUCCUAAGCAAGAUCGUAUUUAUUAUAUCACUAGUCCUCCAAUACGUGAAUCACCCGAAACUCCUAGAUCUUUAAUGAAAUCAUUGGCGUACGAUGAUCUUCAAGUCACUGGCAGUGAUAAUUGCACCUUUAGCUGCGCUGACAAGGCAAAGGGUAAAAAUGAUUUCUCCAAAAUUCCCAAUGGUGUCAACGGUGUUGAAGACCGCAUGUCGGUGGUCUGGGAGAAGGGUGUACAUGCCGGCCUACUCGAUCCCUGUCGUUUUGUGGCGGUUACCAGUACUAAUGCGGCUAAAAUCUUUAAUUUAUAUCCACAAAAAGGUCGCAUUGCUGUUGGUUCCGAUGCUGAUGUCGUCAUCUGGAAUCCACAGGCAACACGUACCAUUUCCAAAGAUACUCAUUAUCAUAAGUGCGAUUUUAAUAUAUUCGAGGGUAUGGUUUGUCACGGUGUACCCGAAAUGGUGUUGGUACGUGGUCGUAUUUGUGUGGAGGAUGGUAAUGUACGUGUAGCCGAAGGUUUUGGACGUUUCUUAAAUACACCCGUACGUUCACCGUAUGUCUAUGAUAUAUUGGAGGGUAAGAAGACCGUAAAUGAGGAGCAAAAUAAUGGAGCCGAACAUGAGGAACAUGAGAAUUUGAAUGGUAGUAUGAAGAAAAUGAAUAUGACUGCGUUGGAAAUUGAGAUACCAUAUCAAGAGGUGGUAUUGGGUGCUGGUGGACCACAUACCGGUUCCAUAGGUAGUACACCUUCAGGACGGGGACAUGUUAGUGGUUCGCGUAAUAUGCAAGAAUCAACGUUUUCCAUAAGUGAGGAACUUGAUACAUCUGGCAAUCGCUCUUGCAUUAAGGUUAGAAAUCCUCCAGGUGGCAAAUCAUCGGGAUUCUGGUAAAUGACUUACUUAUAUGACGGCCUAAGUCUAAAAGGGAGAAGAUAAACAAAAGACGCUUUUCGCACAAAACAUCAAAUUAAAUCUUAGGAAAAAGUCUUUUUAUUAAGGACAACCAAAAUCUGCAGCAACAACAGCAACUAUAACUUACUUAAUUAACAAAAAUCAAAAGAUAACAUUUAAAUUAAUUUACA